GGUUACAAUCCAUUGCCAGUGUACGGCGUUUUUCCAAACAGUCAGUAACAAACGAUUUGAGCAACAGCACGCACGGUAUUGCAAGUUUUGGAACAAGCGCGUUCAGUCGUAAAGAGCCAGUGUUAAAAGCGAGUCUUCCAUAGUUAGCAUAUCGUAGUGUUGUGAUUUAUUAUUAUAUAUUUAUUGAGUGUGUUGAAAGUGACCUUUACAUUAGGAUAAUGUCUACUGCAAUUAUGCAAACGAAUGCGAUGUACGAGUUUGGAGAUAAUCUGUUAAAGAAUGGAACAGAAUCAACGACACAGAGCAACCAUCUGGCCGGGUCAUCUAUGCGACUAACAUUGACCAGGAUGGCUUCGACUCCCGGAACGACGGCAUCGGCGAACCUGGCGAUGAUCCUGGGCAACCUGACGCAGCAGCACAGACGGCUGGAGCGCACGCAGAGCGCCCCGGCGCCGCCCGUGACCACCCCGCCCGCCUCCAUAGCCAGCGCCGCCGUGAACACCUCCAGGUACAAGACCGAGCUGUGCAGGCCGUACGAGGAGUUCGGCGUGUGCAAGUACGGCGACAAGUGUCAGUUUGCGCACGGCAUGUCAGAGCUGCGCAGCCUGGCCCGGCACCCGAAAUACAAGACGGAACUGUGCCGCACGUACCACACGGUCGGGUUCUGCCCGUACGGGCCGCGCUGCCACUUCGUGCACAACCAGGACGAGGUGGCGCCCUGCCAGAAGGGGCCGGCGGUGAACCAGGCCCUGCUGGCCGCGCGCCAUCAGCAGCAGCAGCAGCACAGGUCGAGGCCCAGCGCUUUGAGCCCCAGUUUGUCGCUCGACAGCCCGAGUCCGCCGUGCAGUUUGAGCCAGUCGCCCACCUCCUCGAUGGGCUCGUUUUUCUCGUCGGAGCCCGAGUUGCACUCGCCCAGUCUCGACGAUCAGCGCCUACCCGUAUUCAAUAGACUGUCCACAACGCAACUUUUGCAAUUGAGCGAAUUGAUGCUUUAAGUGCUGCUGCAUUUCAUUCAUUCAACAAGUUGAGCUGAUAACACUUUAACUCAAGAGACGAUUUAUUUAAAUUAAAAGUGUCUUAUUUAUAUAUACAAAUCUCGCUUUAAUAAACUUCACUUUAAAUGAAUAUUCUAUUUUAUCUUCAUGAUAUUUUUUUAAUUAUUAUUAUUAUUAUUAUUUAAUUAUUAAUAAAGUUAUAGUUACGUUACAGACUAUAUUAGUUUGACCAUUGUGCUAUAAUCUCAUGCAUUUGUGAUAAUACGUUAAUUUAUUAUUUACUAUGUUGUAAAAGUUGAAAAUUGACUUUUAUUUUUUAUUUGCGUUGAACGUACGUCUUUUAGUUAGUUAGUCUAGGUAGUAGAAGACGAAUUCGAGCAAAAAUUCAUCUUGUGAAAAUUGCAACUAACUAAUAAUUAAUUGAUUAAGGGGUGUAUAUGUUGUUGUUGUUCAAAGAGCGCUAGGAAUAUUUAUUUUUUCUUCCUAAUGUAAUAUUCAUUUAAAGAGAGGUUUAUAAAGGCGCAGUGAUUUCGAUUAUGUGUGAUUUUUAAAUAUAUUAAUAAAUUUAUUAUGUAAUAUUAAGGAAAAGUGUGUUUUUAUAAGAAUGUUGAUAAACAAAAGUGUAUGAUGUGCAAAUCUAGGUUUAAGUUUCCCUUUUUUUCACACAUCGGUCUCGACUUUCUUAACAUUCCUAGUAGUAAAAGGUUUAUUUAUUUUUCACGUAUUUUUACCCGGCUGCUUAACAGUUAACAUUUUACCCUGCAAUAUUUAUUAUUAUUAUUAUUAUUUUGUAUUCACGACCGCUAAAUCUUUUUCCUUUAAUUUUCGUUUUCCUAUUUUCGUACGAUUUAUUUUUAAAAGGAAAUUAAUGCCCACUGAACGAAACAGAUUUAGCGACCGAUUUUUGACUAGUUAUACUGCAUGGUAAAAAUACUGACUUUAAUUAUGUAAUAAUAAUAAUUUGCUUUUUUCUUUCAUUAUGAUUUCCUUUUUCAUUUUUUUUAUUAUUUUGUGUGCCUUCAUUUUUGACCGAUGCUUGGAGAAGAAUUCGAUUUUUUGUUAUUUAAAUCAUUAUUUAAUUUUGUGUGUUUUCUCAAUACAAUGUUAUGUAGUUAUUUUUAUUAUUAUAAUUUAUAUAUAACUUAUUAAUUUAUAUUUACUGCAUUCAUUAGACGGAAAGCCCAGCUGGGGUUGCACCAUUGUAUAUUAUUUAUAUUAUUUAGCUAUUAUAAUCUUCUAUCAAUAAAUUAUAUUUU